GGUGGCUUUAAAUCGUACGGAGCUAUGAAAUACUCGAAAUUACGACUGUGGCACUGCCAACUACCAAAAGCGAGUAGAAAAUGAUUCGUCUUCGUCAGCGUCUUUGAUUUCUAGUCUUCGCCUCCAAGUCUUCUGCACUCUGUUUAAAUCUACCUGAUCUCUCUCUCUCUCAGAGGAUGGUUUAGUUUACAGUCCAUUUGAUGAUGAUCGGUGGUUGCAUCUCGAGCUCCAACCUUACUCAUCAGGUGUGGUUUCUCUGAGAUGUUGUGAGGAAGAAAAAAAUGGGAAUUCUUCAGAGCAGCUGCAGAGCCAAAGAAGAAGAAGAUGAAAUCCCAAUUUAUCCAGAUUUCCAGAAUCAUUAUAUAUCUUGGUCGCCUAAACUAUUAAAACUGAGCAUUUUGAUCUACAAAGCUUUAAAAGGCAUCUUGCGGAAAAUUGGUUCCAUCUUCUCUGAUGCAGAGCCAUUACUCCCGGUUCCAAAUCCGGCAUCACGCGGCAUAAGCACUGAACCCUUACUGCUUCAAACUCCUCCUCCCAUUUCUGAUGAUGAAGAUUUGGAGUGUGACGAAGAAAACUACUUGUUAGGCUCAGCAGAAGAAGAAACAGUGGUAGUGGAGAUAAAGACUAGUUUCAUUCAAGAGAGGUGGAUUAAGCACUACAGCAGCGGGCAUCGAAUACUGUUGGUGGGAGAGGGGAAUUUCUCCUUCUCUGCUUGUCUCGCGCUGGCGUUUCAUAGCGCUCCCAACAUCAUUGCCACAUCUCUAGAUUCCCGAGCAUUUCUAGAGAAGCAUUAUGACAAGGCUUUAAGCAACAUUGAGGAACUAAGGAGCAGGGGAAGCAAGGUGAUGCAUAAGAUCAAUGCCACUACAAUGGCCAAUCAUCAACUGCUCGCACACCUUAAAUUUGAUCGCAUCAUUUUCAACUUUCCCUACGUUGGAUUGAAAGGUUUCAAGAAUUUGCCGCGCCAAUCUCAACUUGCAUGUCAGCAGAAACUUGUGAGGCAGUUUCUGGAGAAUGCGAGAGAGAUGAUAAAGGAAAAUGGGGAGAUUCACAUAACACACAAGACCAACGGUUUCCACGGCGAAUGGAGGGUGGUGUCACUUGGUCGCGGCUGCGGACUCAGGUUGAUGGAGGCCACCAAAUUCAAUUAUCUCGAUUAUCCAGGCUACAACACCAAGUGUGGAUUUGGGGGUAAUGGAGACUUCAAUUGCAACCCCAGUAAAACCUACAAAUUCCAACGUUAAUUAUGUAUAUGCACGUUGCCUCUAUAUAUGUAUAUGUUUUUCGGAAAUUAUGAAAUGGUGUGAUAAAAGUUA